AUGCGGCUUAAACAAGAAUUGGAAAAGGGGGAUACGAACCUGAUCAUGACCAUCAUCCGGUUCGUGCUGCCCGUGCAGGAUCACACAAUAAAGAAGCUGCUGCUCAUCUUCUGGGAGAUUCUGCCCAAAUCUUCCCUCCACAGAAAUGGCUACAGCUUCAAGUCGCAGCAACUCCUCAGCAAUCAGCAGCAGCAAGAGAACCCACACAAUACCCCACAACAGCAGCAGCAGCAACAACAGAAUCUCCUCUCUGCCGGAAUGACGGUCAAGACAAAGCGGGACUGGGACAUCAAUGAUGCCAUUGUGCCUCAUGUGGCAGACAUGGAGUUUGACGAGUUCAGCGAGUGGAGCGACGGGCAUGUGCGGCACGUCUACGCGGUGCACAACGAGGAGGCCAAGAAGCACAUCUCCGGCUGGGCGAUGCGCAACACCAACAACCACAACGUGAAUAUCCUCAAGAAGAGCUGCUUGGGGGUCCUCGUCUGCUCCCAGCACUGCGUCCUGCCCAACGGAACGAGGAUCAACCUGCGUCCUGCGAUCUGCGACAAGGCGCGACGGAAGCAGGAGGGCAAGCAGUGCCCCAACAAGAGCUGCAGGGGCGGGCGGCUGGAGAUCAAACCCUGCCGCGGCCAUUGCGGCUACCCCGUGACCCACUUCUGGCGCCACUCGGGGAAUGCCAUCUUCUUCCAGGCCAAAGGAGUCCACGAUCAUCUGCGUCCAGAUCCAAAGAACUCGAGUGUCUCGAAGCGAGCCUUUGGGAGGAUUCCACUGGGAGGGAAAUCCUCUGUGGGGGCCACGAGCACGAAGAAGUCCGUCAUUGCGGGAUUGGUGAAGCAAGUGAAGCAGCAGCAGCAGAAUCUCAUGGGAAAGGGCAGCAAGGGGCAUCGUCCUGUGGCAGCCAGCAAUCCCUUGAGCCACUCUGCCGCCUCCGCUUUGGACAUUUAUCCGUUCACUGGCUGUGGCAAGUGUCACACCACUUACAGCCACUGCACCUGCCACACCUACCUGGAGGGCGGCCAAUCCUCCAGCUAUGCGAGCAACGGAGUAUCGGGAGGAUGGCCGCUGAAUGGGGCGGAAUCCACGACGAAUCCUUGCGAGAGCUCCGCGAAUGUGUUCACGGUGAACCACCAGCACAUCACAUACAACUAUCCCACCAUCUACCAUGCCACAACGGCGGCUGCCACGGCCCCCAGCAAGUCCCCGGGUCUCCCGUACGCCUGCAUCUCUGAUCUGGCGGCCGCCUCCUAUCAGCAGCAGCAACAGCAAUCCUCCAGCGGCGGCAGCAGCAGCUACAGCAACGCCAUGUGCCACCAGGGUGCCACAGGGUGCAUCCCGUACGAGCCGAGUCCCCAGUUGGCGACGCCAGAGCCCGAGUUCAUCAACUACUCGCAGAUCAAGCAGCACCUGGGGGGAGGAAUCCAUGAGGAGGUGGCUGGCAUCUGCAAGGGGGAGGGCCCGGGGCAGGGGCAUCCAACCGUCAAAUAUAAUGCUACCGUGGAGACGCAGCCGCUGGCGUAUGCGGAGGAGAACUACGACUAUUACUACAGCAGCCAUCGGGAGUCGAAGGGACUAGUCCAGGACUACGAUCUGCAGCAGCACCACCCCCACGCCCAUCCACACCAACAGCAGUUCCCCGGGGCCGUUUCCUCCGCAGGACACUUUUACGAGAGCGCCAACGGAUACAACGGAGUCAGCUACUUCGAUACGGGAACCACAGGGCCGCCCUCCUCCGUGUCCACCUCUGCCUCCGCCUCUGCUGCAUCGAAUCUCGAUCCUGGCAGCGCCUCAGGGUACGGAUCCUACUACGAUCAUUAUUCCUCGUACGAACAGCAGAUGGCACAGAUCACACAACCCUCGAUGGGAGUGGCGCCCCCGCCACCUCCCCCACCGCCCACGCUCACAUACCAUCACCAUCAUCAUCACCAUUUGCACCACCCAGCGGCAGCAUCUGCCACCCAUGCGGCACAUUGAUAGCUGAGUACUUAAGGAGAGGAGCGGGGUAGGAGGAAUCACUCACUAGUUAGUAGCGUUUAGUUUAGUGAU